AGAGAGAGUAGGAGAGAGAGAGAGAGGAGAGAGAGAGAGAGACAGAGACAGACAGAUGGAGAGGGAGCGGCUCCCGAGUGCCUCCCCGAGAGAGGAAGAGAGGGGGACUGGGAGGCGGUGGGGAGGAAGGAGAGGAAGCGCCUCUGGUGUCCGUGGGUGGUGAAGGGAGCCUCUGCCCAUGCCAGUAUAGUGUGCUGUGACCUGGUUGAAGAGCGUUAGCCUUGCCUUCUGCCGGUGGUGACCGUUGGUGGUCAUGUGCCCGCAGCUGAUCACUGGUUGACCACUCUGACCAGUGACCGCUCAGCCGGACAGUGACCGUUCGUUGGCGUUUAUCCGCAGCUGAACCGCUCAGGGUCGACCUCACCAGUCCGGGGCGGGUCGCCUGCCUUCGGGUGGUCGGCUAAAGUGGCCACCGUCAACGGCAUCUCCCGGUACAGGGUCACCAGAGUCAGGGCGGCGCCGGCUCGGCCGGACGGCGGGCUCUCCAUCAACUCCACCUGGGUGACGCCCUCCUGGCAGCUGUCCGUGGACGUGACGUACCACUCGUGGGCGCGCAACGGCACCAUCACCUACCGCGCGCCGGCCAGGGUCCAGGUCACACUGGGUUCUGUGCUAGCGCGCCUACACACGGAGCUGUGUGCUGCCCGGCCGGUCAGGAGGGCCGGCUCAGACGCCACCGACCCUCCGUUCGACAUCGAGUUCCGAGCGGAGACGAUGAGCGCCAGACUGAGGUUCCUCUCCUGGCUGGAGCGGGAGGAUGUUGAGGCGCUGCGGCAGCUAACGUUAUUUCACUUUCGCCACUCCGUCUGGCGGGAGAUCUGGGCGAGAGUGAGACACAGCGUCGGAAAACAGCUUCAGAGCGUCAUCAGCGGGGAGAUACUUCCACGAAUGGCAGCCGGCGUGUGCGUCUCUGGAGACGGCCAGCGGCGGCUGAAUGGUCCAUAGAGGAAAACAGUCGCUAGAAGCCACUGAAGAGGCCACACAGAUGGUGGCGCCUACAAAACACAAAUGGUAUUCUGAAGACCCAGCAUGCAGAGUUAACAAGCCAAGGGAAACAAAUACCAAGGAAAGGGACAAGUCAAGUACGCACUUGUACAGCAAAAGUAAGCGUAGAAGGCGAAAAGGAAAAGGAAUAAUACAAGUCCUGAUAAACGGUUUCAAUGCAGUGCCCAUAUGAGAUACGAUGGUCUAAAACCUGUUAAACUCAGAGGAGACCGUAAUUUCAUUAUCAGCUCAUGUGGUCAAAUUGGCAGCGAUCAGGCAGUAAAUGAAAUGUGCGGAGGUCUAUGCACGAUACGUGAUGGGUGGGUGGCACGAAUAAGAUGCACGGUGCGUAUUCAUCUACACAGAGCAAGAGGCUGUAGAAAUAGACAACACUUCAGAUAAGAGUACCGACUCUGCACUGUACGAGUAUAUCAAAGAGCCGCAGGAAUGCAUUUGCAGAGGCGAUAAUGAGUGGAUGUUAGUUAGGUUGAUGAUCUGAUUGUUGAUAGUGUCGGGUUGAUGUAAGGUGAAGAGUUGUGUGCAAGCCAGUGAAUAUACAUAUGUUGAUCAUUAAUCUGGUGCCUGUUUUAAUCUAGGAUUGUAUGAAAAUCAGUCCGAGACAAUAGGAGACUAAAUCGACUGAUUCUGUCCGGAAGUACGAUCAGAUUUAUUUGCACGAGCUAUAAGUGAUGGCGAAAUAAUCACACUUACUCGCUACGGGCGCGUUGCACCCAGUUGCACCCAGUUGCACCACAUUUACGCGUCGCUGCUUUUACAUUUUCGCUGCUUGUUUCUAUUAUUGAAAUUUGACACUGUGAUCAUCUGCACAUGAAGUUCAUUGUUUUAUUCAUUGGUAAUAUGUUUGGAGCCUUGUCACCACCUCGCUCCAGCCUAGGAUCAAUUGAACGCUAGAAGAGUCGGGCCUCCAUAGAAGGCAGCAGGCAGCUCGCUCCGAGUGGCUGGUCAGCAGCUGGCGGCAGUCAUGGGCAGGGAGAAGGACCUCAGCACCGUGGUCGAGAUCACGCACAAAGACGUGCCGCGAGAGCUCGACGACUUCCAGCUGCAGAAACGCCAGCGCCACGAGCACUCGUACGACAUGCAGAUGGACCAGCCGACCGUGCCCGAGCCCAUCGAGCGCGUGGCCAAACGCGUCCUCGACAGACUCUUCGGAGGACAGAGCUACGAUGCCGACGAGGCGCGCCGACUGGCGGUGGCUGCCGCGGAGAAAAUAAAGGACGAGACGCUGGGGCUGGUGUCACCACGAGUCCGUCUGGUCGUUCAGGUGGUGGUAACGGAGAGCCGCGGCCAGGCGGUGCGGGCCAUCAGCCGCUGCGUCUGGGACGCUGAGAAGGACCGCUGCAUGAGGGCCGAGUUCGCCAACCAGCAGCUGCGCGCCGUCGCCUCCGUGUUCGCCAUCUACUGCGAGUGAACCGACGAUGGGGAUUUUACCGCGUAUAACCGAGCGAUGACGUUUCCCAAGAGAGACAUGGGUGGUAUGGUUAAGGAGAGUGAUGUCACUGGAAGUCCUCUAUCGAGCACUAGUGACGUGACGUCCGGCUCCGUGUCUAUUGCGAGUGACGGCAGUGAAGACUCAAUAACGACUGCCAGUGACGUCACGGCGUCCGUGCAGACUCUGGUGAGUGACGUCACCGAGAGGGCGCUGACGAGUGUCGGUGACGUCACAGGACAGUCACUGUCAAUACAGAGAGAGGCCACCGAACACUCACUGACGAUCCUGAGUGACGUCACAAACAGCCUGCUGUCGAGUGUGAGUGACGUCACGGGCAGCUACCGGACGACAGCCAGUGACGUCACGGGCGCGGCCCUCUCUAUGGUGGGUGACGUCACACGCAGGGCGGUGACGACCGUGGGUGAGGUCGCUGGCGGGUCGCCGACAGCGGGGGUCGGGGUCGGUGGUAGUCCUCCCACAGCUGAGUGGGGAGUCGCUGGACACUCACAGCCAACUGUGGGUGCCGUCACUGGACACUCACAGCCGACUGUGGGUGCCGUCACGGGGAACUCACCAACAGCUGUGAGUGGUGGAACUAAUAGUCCUCAACCAACUGCCAGUGAUGAUGCCUCAGCAGAUAUUCCUGGUGACAAACGUAGUGUUCGUUCAAUAUGAUUCAGGCAAUUAUAUAAUAACAAUGGUUCAGAAAA